AUGGGUACUAUUACUGCUAAAGCAAUCGUUUAUCCAGGAUACGGCGAACCGGAGGAUGUGCUAGAAACACAUUCGUACGAAAUUCCAUCACCAGAGGCUUUAAAAAAUGACGAGGUGCUCGUUAAGACUUUGGCCUGUCCUUUAAAUCCGUCUGAUAUCAAUCAAAUUCAAGGAGUGUAUCCUUCAAGACCUCCAAUUUCACAAACUUCACUUCCAGGCUUGACCAAGCCUGUUGCAGUUUGCGGCAAUGAGGGUGUUUUCAGGGUUUUGGGUACUGGACCAGGCGUCACCUCUCUAAAACCUGGUGAUUGGUGUAUUCCAAGUAAGGUGAACUAUGGAACUUGGAGAUCACAUGCUAUUUCGGCCGAAGCAGAGUUUCUGCGCAUUCCAAAUGAUAUUCCACUCAAACAGGCAGCAACAAUGGCUGUGAACACGUCAUCGGCGUACUUGAUGCUCACCCAAUUUGAAAAAUUGCAGAAAGGUGACUGGUUCAUCCAGAAUGGUGGAAACUCCCAGGUUGGCAGAUGUGCUAUCCAGAUUGCCAAGAGCCUUGGAAUUAACUCCAUCUCAAUUGUCAGAGACCGUCCUGAACUUCAGAAGCUAAUUGACGAAUUAACUGCUUUGGGUGCCACACAUGUUAUCACAGAGAAACAGAAUACUUCGAAAGAAUUUGGCAAGACAAUUAAGGGAUGGACUGCUGGACGACCAAUAAAACUAGGGCUCAAUUGUGUUGGCGGUCCAAAUGUUGCUGGAAUGUCGAGAAAACUUGGCAAAAAUGCUAAACUGGUCACAUACGGAGGAAUGUCAAUGAAACCUGUUAUGCUUCCUACAUCACUUUUCAUUUUCAAAAACUUAACUGCUGUUGGCUUUUGGAUUACCGAGAUGACCAAGAAGGAUCCAGAACUCAGAGAAAAAGUCAUCAACAAAGUUUUGGAAUUAAUCAAGGAAAACGCAUUGGCCGAUAUCAACUGCACUUUGAACAAAGUGGAGCCGGAAAAGCUUACUGAUCUUGAAUUUACAGAUGCGUUCAAACAGGCCUUAUGUGACUCUAAAAGUAAUGGUAAGCAGCUUAUUACAUUCGAAUGA